GGAAAAAGAAAAGAAAAGAAAAGGAAAGAAAAAGCAUCAUCGAGUUUUGGUACCAUUUGUUUUGUUGCAAUCCAGCUCAGAUUGAUCAGUGGAAACACAAUCCGUACUUCAACGGAGUACAUUUCGGAUAAUUUUGUGAGAAGAAAUAGAAUGGCUGAUCCGCAGCCCCUGCUGCUCAACGAUUCCGAGCCAACUCAGUUUCAAACCGGCAGAACCACCCGAGUCGCUUCCGUUGACGUCUUCCGUGGCUUCUCUGUCUUUCUGAUGAUAUUGGUUGAUUACGGUGGCUCCAUCUUCCCCAUCAUUUCCCAUGCCCCCUGGAAUGGUCUUCGUUUGGCUGAUUUCGUCCUCCCAUUUUUUCUCUUUGUUGCUGGAAUUUCCCUUGCUCUUACAUAUAAGAGAAGGCCGCAGAGAAGAGAAGCUACAUGGAAAGCCUUACUUAGAGCAGUGAAACUCUUUAUUCUUGGUAUUGUUCUUCAAGGUGGUUAUUUUCACGGAAUAACUUCCUUGACUUUUGGUGUUGACAUUGAAAGAAUACGGUGGAUGGGCAUUUUACAGAGGAUAUCUAUUGGAUACAUUGUUGCAGCUUUAUGUGAGAUCUGGUUUCCAGCUCCGCGAGGGAAAGAAUUAGGUUUCAUCAAAAGUUAUUACUGGCAUUGGUUUAUUAUGAUAAUAUUGUUGGCACUUUACUCGGGAUUAUUGUAUGGUCUAUAUGUUCCAGAUUGGCAGUUUGAUGUAUUGGCCUCAGCCUCUUCUUUGCCUCCAAUUGAUGGUGGCAAUAUUUACACGGUGAAUUGUUCGGUGAGAGGUGAUCUUGGACCUGCCUGUAAUUCUGCCGGAAUGAUUGAUCGCUAUAUUCUUGGUCUUGACCAUCUGUACAGAAAGCCUGUUUACAGAAAUCUUCAGGAAUGCAAUAUGUCUAAGGGCCAAGUUUCAGAUAGUUCACCUUCAUGGUGUCAUGCUCCUUUUGAUCCAGAAGGCAUUUUAAGCUCCAUAACAGCUGCAGUUUCAUGCAUAAUUGGACUUCAAUAUGGUCAUGUUCUUGCCCAUCUACAGGAUCACAAAGGGCGCCUAGACAACUGGCUGUGGUUUUCAGUUUCAUUUUUGGGUCUUGGAUUGUUCCUAGCCUUAGUAGGCAUUCCUCUGAACAAAUCUCUGUACACAGUCAGUUAUACGCUACUAACAUCUGCAGCUUCUGGUCUCACAUUCAUCGCUUUAUACGUUCUGGUAGAUUUCCAUGGUCACAGGCGUUUGACAACUGUGUUUGAGUGGAUGGGAAAGCACUCCUUGAGUAUAUUUGUCCUUGUAUCUUCAAACUUGGCCGUCAUUGCUAUUCAAGGAUUUUAUUGGAAAAAACCCGAAAACAACAUUGAAGUGAGCGAAGAAGGGCACCAGAGCCAUCACGGGAAAGACUACGUAGACCCACCGCCAGCACCUCUCAUCGACUUAGCUGAGAUUAAGCUCUGGUCCUUUUACAGAGCUCUCAUUGCCGAGUUCAUUGCCACACUCCUCUUCCUCUACAUCACCGUCGCAACCGUCAUCGGUAACAACAAACAAACCGGACCCUGCGACGGUGUUGGCCUUCUCGGCAUCGCCUGGGCCUUCGGUGGCAUGAUCUUUGUCCUCGUAUACUGCACCGCCGGUAUCUCUGGUGGCCACAUCAACCCUGCGGUAACUUUCGGCCUGUUCUUGGCUCGGAAAGUGUCUCUGAUUCGAGCUAUUUGUUACAUGGUAGCACAGUGCUUGGGUGCUAUUUGUGGCGUUGGUUUGGUGAAGGCUUUCAUGAAGCACUCCUACAACUCUCUUCAUGGCGGUGCUAACAUGGUGAAUACUGGCUACGCUAAAGGCACUGCACUGGGUGCUGAGAUUAUCGGCACUUUUGUGCUUGUGUACACCGUUUUCUCUGCCACUGACCCCAAGAGAAGCGCCCGUGACUCCCAUGUCCCCGUUUUGGCCCCGUUGCCAAUCGGGUUUGCUGUUUUCGUGGUUCACUUGGCUACCAUACCAAUCACUGGUACCGGGAUAAACCCUGCUAGGAGCUUUGGUGCUGCUGUUAUCAUCAACGAUACCAAAGUUUGGGAUGACCAUUGGAUCUUCUGGGUUGGGCCAUUCGUGGGAGCGUUGGCAGCAGCUGCAUAUCACCAAUACAUACUGAGAGCAGCAGCUAUCAAGGCAUUGGGAUCUUUCCGAAGCAACCCCACCAACUAAUGAAGACAAACAUGAACAGAGAGUUAGGAUAGAACUUUUGUGUUUGCAUUCAUCAUUUAUUCGCUUGGUUUGUGUGUAUGAGUAAGAUU